UCGGAGGGCAUUUUCACCAUCGACUCCCGCUCUGGACAGCUGAGCUUGACCAGGCCCUUUCCAAUUUCCAGAGGUAACAAGCAGCAGAAUCUGCCCACAUGGAACCUGGUACUGGAGGCUCGAGUCCAAUGGAAUUGCAGAAACUGCAGCAGCAAAUUCCCAGUCCGGGUCCGGCAGAUUAAAAGCUCGUCUCGGUCGGCCCUGUGCGAAAACUCCCGCCGUGUCUGCUUCCCGCCCGGACUUCGGAACCCGGAGUACGCGUACUCCGAGGGCGUGUCUUCUGGGACGGUGGUGGACGUCCUGCGGCCACAGGCCAUGGCUGUCCUGUGCCCGACGCUCAAGCCGCGCUACACCCUCAUACAAGAACGCAGCAGUCCUCUCUCCGUCGACUCGGCAUCCGGUCUGCUCUCACUGUCCAAGGGACUGCACUGGAACGACCCGCCCGUGUUGGCCAGGGUGCGCUGCUUUACAGGAGAGGGACCUGCUGCGGAGACCGACGUCAGCGUCUUUGUCUGGGAUUUGGACGAUCACCCACCGAGGCUUCCCGCCAAGGCCAGCCUUGAGUGUAGGAUCACGCUGGACAAGCUAGAAGCUCACACCAAGCUGGACUGCCCGCUGUCAAUCCUGGACGGAGACUCGCUGGACGCUAACAAGUUCCGAGUGCGCCUCGAGGGAGACGAACUUGAGCUGUUCAGGGCAAAGACACCACUCGACGAGUACUUCCUCGGGGAACGGAAGGAGACCUUCGUGAAUGUCGCGCUGUACCCUCGCAAGUCGGGCCUCUCAUUCCCUGGACAGGAGUACACGUUCAAAGUCAUCGUUGAAGACGUCGACCUUGUGCGUGCCGACCUGAGCAACAAGGUCAUAUUCACAGUGAUCAUCGCCAAUAGCAGCGUCCAGAGGGUGCCUCUGCAACUCCAGGAAAUCUACAAUAUAUCCAUGUCCCGAAGUGCCGCUGCUCUAGCCAGGGUGUGGCCUCCCCUGGCGAAUCGCAGCUGGGGACACUCUUUCCGGCUGCUCACUCCAGGCGCGGACAAAGACAACGGUUCUAGAACAGCCGCUGACUCGGCCGCGGAUUCUUGGCUGGCCGUAACUCCACGCACGGGCAUCUUGUACGUGGGAGACGCGCGGAGGCUGCGCCACCAAGGAGCGACCCCGCACUACAACGUCGUCCUCGAAGCGACCUGGAACGACAGCGGCCGAAUACACAGUCAGAAGUGCGCCAUCCACGUGUAUCUGACAGACCACGAAGAUGCUGUUCCUCUGGAAGAAUGUGAGGGCCGCUUGUGCGUCCAGCAGCUGAGCAAGAGCCAGUGUCUGUCCUCUUGCGGUCCUGGGGCCCCCGAUGGCCGCUGCCGUUGGCGGGAGGGACCCGAGGGGCGCUACCUGUCGUCUGGCUACAGCACUUGCACAGGAGACCGGGCCACAUGCCCAGACGGCACGUGCGACGAACUCGAGACACUGCGGCCGGAGCUCUGCCCACAGGACUGCACACAGCACGUGGUGGGCGAGGCACUGCUUCGUCAGCCUGGCCGGGGCAUCAAGGCUGCGCAGGGCAUCUGCUCGUGCGCCUCGGCCGACAGCUGCACCUGCACCAAACUGGUGUCGAGGCCGGAGUCGAGAGACAGCGUCGUCGGCGGGCACGAAGAGCCCAAGAAUCCGGGGACGCUCCACUCGGCGGGCCCGGACACCGCCGAGGCCGCAGAGGCGUCGUCGAGCGCUGUGUCGUCUCCAUCCUGCGGGGUGGUCUGCCUGGCGUCGCUCUGUCUGUGCGGGCUGGCCCUGUUCGGCGCCACACUGGCGGGACUCCUGUUCGCCCGGAGAAGACGCGCCGCCGCCAAGCACAAGUACCUGGGCUCGAGGGCCUCGCUGUCCGUUCCGUCGGACUACGUGGACGGCCGGAGACACCCGCAACACCCCCAGCAGGAAUCCGCCGACGCCGGCACGCAGGCGUCGGCGCCGCUGGUCUCGGCGUCUCCGCUAGCCAAGCUCGUGGUGGAUUCCCAGUGGGAGUUCCCGCGCGAGAACCUCUUCCUGGAGCAAAGCCUGGGCGAAGGCGAGUUCGGCAAGGUGGUUCGCGCACGGGCCAGAGACAUCGCGGGAGUCCGGGGAUACAGUACCGUCGCCGUCAAGAUGCUCAAGGGCAACAGCACACCAGCCGAAGAACAAGACCUGUUGUCCGAGUUCUGCAUGCUCAAGGAAGUGAACCAUCCCAACGUCAUCCGGCUACUGGGUGGCUGCACGAGCAAAGGGGGUCCACUGUACGUGAUCGUGGAGUACGCCGAACUGGGCUCUCUGCUGAGCGUGCUGCGAAGGAGCCGGCAGCUCGCCGCCGACAGGGCAACGGUGGUGUGCAACCCGACCUACAUGUCCCAGGGGGCCUCGACCGCCGAGGGGGCCUCGGACGAAGGGGCCUCGGACGGGGCCGGACUCCUCAGCCACGGGGACCUGCUCUGCUACGCCUGGCAGAUCGCCAAGGGCAUGGCCUACUUGGCCGACGUCAAGAUGGUGCACCGUGACUUAGCAGCCCGAAACAUCCUGCUUGCUGCCGGCAACGUCAUCAAGAUCUCCGAUUUCGGGCUGAGCCGGGACGUGUACGAGGGAGACACGUAUCUCAAAAAGAGCAGGGGCCGAGUUCCAGUGAAGUGGAUGGCUCUGGAAUCUUUAGAAGACCACAUCUAUACAAGCAAGAGUGACGUGUGGUCCUUUGGCGUCGUCUUGUGGGAGAUCGUCACGUUAGGGGCCACACCCUACCCCGGAGUAGGUCCCGAGUACCUGUUCCAACUCCUCAAGUCCGGAUACAGGAUGCACCGCCCGGAGGGGUGCUCUCCACACAUUUACCGCAUGAUGCAGUGCUGUUGGCAGAGCAGACCCCAAGAGCGGCCUUCAUUUAAGGAGCUUACGCAAAAACUUGAAAGCAUUCUUCAAGACUCAGCGUCUUACCUGGACCUGAAUGUGGCGCAACAGCGGUCCUACUACAACCUGAACCUUCCAACCGGUUCGCUCAAGCAGCUUCUCGACUCCGACGACGACGUUACCACGCCAGAAUCGGAGUACGGCCGGAUCGAAUUCAAGUCCCAGCGAAGCUUGGACCGUAUAGACAGCAGUCCAGGGGAGAACGUGGGGCUUUUGGUGAAAAGCCACGGGAGCUCUUCGAACACCCCGGUCGCGUGUUGGAUCGCCAGGCCUGAAACACUGAUACAAAAUAACGUUGAACAACCAAAGAUUGUCUAGGUACCUCGAACUGUCUUGGUUACAAACAAGAACGCCCCAGGCACCGACAUGUGGAAGGCAUCAAACCAGGAGCCUGCUCAGCCUCUUUUCGGGCAUCGACAUGUCCUUCCCAGCACGCGGGGCUUCGGGCAAUGAUCUGUGAUCAGGAGGAGACGAACAAAGACGACAGUUAGUGGCACCAUCAUCUGGUCACCUCGUGAACAACGUACAAGUGAAGCUGGCGGUGAACCGUAUAUCCUCGGCGAAACAAACUCAUGCCUUUCAUUAAACAAGCUGCGUCAGCGAGCGACAUCGU